CAUCAAGUCCAGUAACGGCAACCUUUUCUUGGAUGCGCAGUUUCACCAACGUCGCCACCAUGUCGGUGGCAGGUACGUCCGACGUGUUGGCAGCAUGCGAGGAAGCAUCCGAUGACGACGGUAGAUUCGAUGCACAUGUGGGACGAGAUCGUUCGACUCAAGCAGCACGUCGCCGACCUGCAGCGGAACGAGCGCAUGCUGCUGGACCUGGCCAAGGCCGCCGCCGACGACCGGAAGCGGUUUGUGACGCAUCCGCAACUGGACGCCGGGCUGGCGCUCAAGGCGUCAACGACGUCAGUGCCUGCCGAGGUCGCAAAGCUGCGGGCGGACCUGAUGGACGCGAUCGCAGCCAAGGCGGAUCUCACGCUCGUGGACACGAUCCAUUUGAAAAAGCUCGACAUCUCGGCAUUCGACGCGCAUGUGGGCACGAUGGGCAAAGUGCGUGUCGCCCUCGAGCAAAUGCUCAAGGAUAUGUUUACAUCGUUUGCGCUGCACGUCGAACGCGACGUCCGCGUCGUCCAGGGGCUCAUGGACGUGAACGAAAAGCGCAUGUUGGGGGCACUGACCACCAUCGAAGCGGCCAAGCACGACCAUUUAUUUCUGUGUGACCGCGUCAAGGCGGUCGAGAAAAAGACGGCGGGAGGAUCGCCUCCCGACGCCGCGGCAUUCUUCCGCACCGACGACCACACGACAUUUCGCACGUUUGAGGCGGCACUCAACGCGGUGCAUGCCGAGACUGUUGCGUCGAACGAGGCCACUGCCAAACUCCACGAGAAGCUCGCGUCGAUGCAAAGCUCGAUCGAUGCAGUCCAACAAGAAGCAUCCAAGUCGCAGGUCGAUGUGUCCGCAGCGAUUGCCGCCGAAGUCGACAAAGCCCACGCUGCCGACGUCAAGAUGUUCAGGACGUUGGAGGCCAAGCAGCACGAGUUCGCAGAGAUGCUCCGCCGGGCCCAAGACACGGCAGCGUUGGCCGUGGCGGCUGUCGACGACUUUAAGUCGGACGCGUCGACCAUUCUCCAAGAGUCGUGCGACAAAAAAGUGGCGGCAUCAAUGAAGGCGAUGGGGAAAGAAACCGACCACCUCCGCGACAUGAUCAAGCGAAACCAAUAUGUUGCCGCCGAGCACACCAAAACGGUGGAAGGGAUGGUGCGGUGUACGAGUCAGGCAUUGUCUGCGCUCGAACAAAAGCUCCAUGCGCUCGGCAUCAUGUGCGAUGCGACCCGCCGGGACAUUGUCGACAUGAAAGGCCCGUUUCUAACCGAAGUCGCCAACUUGAAGGCAGAGAACGGCGCGAUCCUCAACGAAAUACGCCGCCAGCAGGACGUGUCGAGGGAGCUCGUCCUCGACUACAAGGACCUGAUCGACCAGCAGCACAACAGCUCGUCCGCAGCGAUGACCACGACGGCAGCAUCCGCCACUCGAACGACCGCUCCACUCAGGCCGCAGAAACCCAUGUCCGCCCGCCGUCCACAAUCCAGCAGUGCGAUGCCCGUCAACGUGACCAAGCGAUUUGGUGUCGUUGAGUGCCUCGCCAUGCCGUCCACGUCGUCCGUCGCAUGUGCCAAGAAGAUGAAGCCAAGGGCAAAGACUGCUGGACCGCGACGCACGCCGGUACGGGGAAUCGUGGCGUUGUCUUUGGGACGUCCCAACAUGAUCUCUGUGCAUGAUUGUUGCUGGGCAAGUCUGAAAACUAUCUCGACUCGUGGCUGGCGAAUGGAUUUGAGAGGCGGGGGUGCGAUUCGUGGACGAAGCUGAGGCAUUCGUUCAUCCGACUAGUCUGCCGACGCGGCCUCCAUCGGACCCGACGUGACCAGCGCGGGGACCGGCCAUGAACUCGAAAGGCAGACGCUCAAGACUCGAUGGAGCCGCUCCGACGAAUCUGUCCCCGACGACCACUUGUUUGUCGUGGGGUCCACCGACCCAGUCGAGAAUGCGUUUCUUCUGACCAAGUCGACGCCCGUGCACGACCCCUUGGCUCGCUUCGGCCAACAGCGCUCGGCCGUGCAGAACAACAACUUGAUGGACGAUCGCGCCGUGCCCCACGACAGUGACGACGACCGCGAUGGCGGGUCUAUGCUCGGAGUUGGGCAGCAGCCGCAUCCCUCGUUUCAUCACGUCGGGUAACCCGAUCGAUCCAUCCACAUGAUGGGUCAGUUGCCGCACCAAGGCCAUACGACACCAAAUUACCGUUCUAACGGACGUCGCCGACGAUCGUGAUCGUGAUCCGUGUUCAUCUCGAGUUGGGAAUGAAAGCACUCUGCACAAGUCACGUGGCCUCGUCAUAGCAACUCCAUGUUAUGUGGCUGGGUGUGGACUGCUUCUAUGGGGGCGUGGUCCAGCCACGUCGUGUGCGACUCUGUGUUGUUGUGCCUGGGCCUUGUCAAUGUACAACCCGAUGAGCUUUUGCUGGUGUGGAGGCAAUGUUGCGACGUGCGCAGCACAGGCACUGGAGCCGCCGAGAAAGUAGAGUGCGACUAAACACCCCACCGCGUUCUUGCGCACCCCAGAGUUUGCGUGGUUCAAGCACUACAACCACGAGAAUGAACACGCCAUCGAAUGCUGCACGCAACGUACGGCGACGACAGCUUUUGCCGUGUUAUCAAACGUCGGCCGCGACAUGCCCUCGGUGUGCAUGUCCAGAAGCUCCAUGGCCAAGCGGAGGCAUUUCAACACGACUUGGAGAUCCAAUGCCGACGACGACGGCGACGUGGAGCUCGCUACCACAAACGGAACGAGCAAGUGGAGGCGCGCCAACGCGUCGACGGUCGACAGGCAUAGCUGCAACGUCUUGUCCACAAAGUACUGGGCCUACAUGUCGCAGCUGAUAUACCCAUGGGGGCACGGAACAACAUGAAUGUGUGCUCACCAUCAACGAUGACGGCGUCAGC